AUGGCCUUCCUGGAGGACGAUGACGCCGUGAGCGCCUUCGAGGCGGCGCUGUCAUUCGUGGAGCACUACUCCAUCGACACUUCCCUGUUCACGGCUUCCCCCUCCAUGUCCGGAGCUGCCGGCGCCGCCUUCUCUCCGUUCCUAGCGUCCGGACCAGUCGAUGACAUCGAGCUGCUAUCACCAAGUCUCCCGCCGCUUGCGCCUACUUUAGGGGCCGCGUAUGCGUCUCCCGGGGCAGGAAGCGACACAUCGAUGGCAUCUCCCUCCUCGCCCGCGUUCAAUCUCUCGAACGAACCGACUGCGAGGCUUGAACUCGGCCUGCCAGCCGCGGGACAAGUGUCGACGAAGAGGAAGACCGUCACCAGAGGCAGGAAGAAAACGACUGGGCCUAAGAAGCCUGUGACUAGAGGAGACCCCAACAGAGCCAGAAAUGAGCGGAAGAUCGAGCUGGCGUAUCUUAGAGAGAAGGUGGCGCAGCUAGAACUAGAGCUGAAGGCGAUAAAGCUCCACCCGAGGGCGCAGACGCGAGCUAUUCGACAAGAUGGGGAGAAGAAGAGCACAGAGACUGUGGCAGAGAAUGAAGCCAUGGACUCGACCAUGUCAGUGUACGAUCCUGUGCAAGUGCCGACGGUGUGGAAGGAAGUGGCGUGUCGCCAACGCAGGAGGAGGGAGAAGGCAGAGCGUGAAAAUGUCCGGCUCAAACUCAUCCUGGAGAACCAGAUUAAGAUGGCGAAAGGGCUGGAGAGUCUGUUACAGAAGAGAGCAAAGCAACAGGUUGUGGAGUGCUCGAGUCUAUCACAAACUAAAAAGUCCAAGUAUUCGCAGGGACGCACACUGGAUUUCCGUGCGGACGUGAACGAUUUCAAGGACCUGUUGGCUCAUCUUGACAGGGCGUACCGUGAGGUGGAUACUGUCUUCGCUGCUAACGGAUUGGCGACAAUGGAGACCACGCACCGUGACGCUCGAAUGCGCGAGGGCGCCGACUGCAUGUACCUGGACAUUUUUGCGAACAAGGUCAUGCCGUUUGGAAUGCGUGCAACGGCCCAAGCCGUGUGGGACCACUUUAAGGGGGCGGAGAAGCAUCGCGGUAACAUGUACGAGGGGAAGGUGGCAAAGGUGAGAAGCCGCCACAGAUUGAUCGAUCAGCGUACUAGUAUUUAA